GACGACGACGACCACCCCCGCCUGCCCCCUGAGUUGGAGCGGCACAUCUUCCGCAUUGCUGCGUGUAACGACGCCCGGGAGGUGCCGAACCUCAUGCUCGUCGCUGGCCGCGUGAAAGAGUGGGUGGAGCACCUCGCCUGCCACACGAUGAUCGUGACCUCCUCCCUCUCCCACAUCGACUUCAUAUCGCAGACCAUCCGACAGAUCACCCGGCCAGGCUUCGACCGCCUAGCGCAGCGCAAGGGCACGGCGUUUCUGGCUGCCGCCGUCAAGAGUAUCCUUCUCUCGUACGAACUCAGUAAGGACGACAUCCGCGAAAUCCUGACGAUCUGCUCCGGUAUCGAAGAGUUCAUAAUUUAUUCCGGUGUGCGCGUCUACGGUGCUUUAGACCUGCUGCCCAAACUCCGCCGUCUGCGCUGCUCCAUCGGCCAGUUCUUCGACAUUUAUGAUCCCGACGUCGUGGCAGGGCUGUCUGCGCAGCCAUCGCUCGCGAACGUCACGCACUUGGAACUAUUCCUCGUCGGGCUCCAUGACGAACCAUUUCCGGUGUGGAUCCAGGCCCUCUCCCUCCCUGCGCUCACCCACUUCGCGACGUCUUCCCACGCCCUGAUCCUCGAAAAGUACCCCGACCUCAACGAGGCCGUCCUCGACGCGCUAACGGACCCCGAGCGGCCGUUCGCCAUCUUCGUUGUGGUCGACUAUAUGAUGCUCCUGCAGGACGAGUCGCCGCUGAAGCUCAAAUUGGACAAGAAGCUCUCCGCACACCCCGGCUUUGUGCACUUCUCCCACGGGCGCGGGGCGUGGGCGACCGACUGGAGCAACCACACACUCGGCGGGGACGACUUUUGGUCAUAUGCCGACGAGUUUGCGCGGAAGCGGAGAAGUGGAGAGCUACCUAAAGACAAAUUCGAACUGCUGGAUCCAAGCGCGAUACCCGAAGCUGAAGCCGAGGCCGAAGCUGAGGCCGAAGUUGAGGCUGAAGCUGAGGCAACAGAGGAGGAUGAUGAGGACGAAAUUCUUGUGGAAGAGAGCGAUACCGACCUAUAG